AUGAAGUUCGCUUUGCUACCCACACUUCUUUCAACCUCCGUCCUUGGCCUGAAUAUCGGCCGCGCCCAGACCACAGCUCAAGUAACCUUUAUUGGUGCAGCUGGUGCCCAAUUUACCCAGGACUUUCCCACCGAUGGAUCGAAUGUCAAGAUAACCAACCCCCUGAGUAUCUCGCAUAUAUCGUGCAGCACCCAGGGCGCCGUCUGUACUUUUGACGGCAUUGACCACAGCGUUACUACCGUGACUGGCGUGGGCCAGGUUGACGUAGGCCCUCCGCAGACCCAGAUUCAGGGAUCUUGUCGGUUUGGAUCCGGAUCGACUUCUCCCAGCAAUCCCGGUCAAACUCACCCCACCGGAGGUCAAGUGCUCAUCACAUUCGUCGGUGCUGCCAAUGCUCAGUUCCAGCAGCAGUUCCCCACCAAUGGCGCUAGCACCAAAAUUAGUAAUCCCCUGAGCAUCUCCCACAUCACGUCCAAUACGGGUGGCAUCCACUGCACCUUUAACGGCAUUGACAACAGCGUUACCACCAUCAAUGGUGCCCAGACGGUCGACGUUGGCCCUCCGCAGACCCAGGUCUCUGGCACAUGCCGUGCUACUUAA